UCUUUCUUUAUCAUGCUUGCUUGACAAGUUGGGAAUCUGAUGCAUGUCCUUGUAACUCAUCUUUUCAAAGCAAUCUUUCCAGUUGUAAUGUGCGGCAUUGAUCUGACAAAACCUCCUCGAUACCUAUAUACACCUUCCCUGCAUGUAAAAGACUUCCUCUGAGCAUGGGUGAUGAGAUGAUUACAAGAAAACUACCAUCUAAUCAAGAGGACAUGAAGGAUAUCACAGAGAUUGAUUUGCAAGAUUACAAGGAUGUGGAUAGCAUUGCGUUCUACCAGGUUCCAACAAACCUGGGAUCAGGAAUGUCCAUGGAAAGCGAGAGAUCGGUAAGAGUUCAUACAUGUACAGAUCACAAGGGUGUCAAUUUUUUGCACAAGUUGCUUCAUCGUCUUUUGGAGCACAAGGAGGUGUACAGCAAUGUGGUGAACCUCCUAUUUCAUGGUAUUGAAUGGCAAACUGAGGGGGUGCAACUUCUCUGUUCAUUUUUAGGCCCUGAUUCGAGUGUGAAGCAGGUAGAAUUCCAAAAGAAUGUCUUCGGCACAAAAUCAGCAACUGCUUUAGUUCCAUUAUCAGAAAUGAUACAAAGGAACAACACCAUCAGGGCAAUUGUGUUCUCUGACUGUAGAAUUGGAGCUACAGGAGCCAAACUGCUUGCUUCAGCUUUGGCAAACAACAGGGGUGUGGAAGAGUUCCAGCUAUUGGACGAUUCCAUAGGCGCUAAGGGAGCUGAAGAACUCUCAAAGAUGAUUGAGGUAAACUAUAUGCUGAAGCUGUUGGUCAUCCUUGACAACAGCUCAAUUGCAGCAGCCCCAAUUUUCUCUGCUGUGCUUGGACGCAACCGUAGACUGGAGGUGCAUAUAUGGGGACACUGCCGUGAUACUAGAGGCGGCAUGAACAGCUGUAAAAUUGCUGAAUUUCAGCCUGGAACUGGAAGCUUGAGAAUUUACAACAAUAUUAAUUCCACAGGCCUGCAAAGGGUUGCUUGUGCUAUGGCAUGGAACACCACAGUGUCAACAUUGGACAUGUCAGGUGUACCAUUAAAGUCCAAGUGGACCAAAGAGCUCAGAGGAGUCCUUGAACGGAAUAGGAUGCUAAAAACUGUCAAGCUUACCAGGUGUUGCCUCAGGGACAAAGCUGUUGUGUAUAUAGCUGCCGGGCUAUUCAAGAACAACUAUUUGGAGAGCUUGAGUUUGGAUGGAAAUCGCUUUGGUGGAGGUGGGUUGGAGCAUUUACUGUGCCCUCUGAGUACAUUUUCACCACUUCAGAGACAAGCCAAUAUCGCUUUGAAGGUUUUGAUUUUUGGUGGACACCAAACAAAUAUAGGAAGAUAUGGCAUAACAGCAAUCUUGCAGAUGUUGGAAACAAACCAGAGCCUGCUUAAACUGUCCAUAUGCGAUGAUGUAAGCUUGAGGCCGAAUGAUGUUGUCAGAAUCUUUACAAGCUUAGAAAGAAAUACUACUCUUCGAAGCCUAUCUUUGAAAGGUUGCAGGGGAGUUGAGGGGGAGGUAGUCUUGCAGACCAUUAUGAGCAUGUUGCAGGUCAAUCCUUGGAUAGAAGAAAUCGACCUGCAUGAAACCCCUUUGCAUGUUGCUGGUAAGACUGGUGAAAUUUACGAGAAACUUGGUCAGAAUGGGAGUUUGGUUGUACCAAGUGAUUCGCUCGAUUUGCCACUAAGUGCACCUACUUGCUGCCAAGUUUUUCUCUGUGGCCAAGAAUUAUCAGGUAAAAGCACUCUGUGUAGUUCAAUGAAGCAUUGCAUGAAUUCAAUGAAAUUGCCCCGCAUGGAUGAAAUAAGAACUUCAAAGGCUCCAAUUGAGCAAAUGGCACACAGCAAUGAAAAUGGGAUGAAUAUUAUUUUCGAUGGCAAGACAAAAUUGACUAUGUGUAGUCUUGGUGGGACUGAGGAAAGUAUUGCUUUGCAUGAUUUCAUGUUUGCUGUGCAUGGUGGUCCAAGGAUUUUCAUGGUUGUAUCUAGUUUGAUUGGAAAGCCUGCUGAUAAAUAUCCAAAAAGCAUUGACGUGGUUGAACAGGAGUUGAUUUAUUGGCUGAAGUUUAUUGUUUCAAAUUCUAGGAGAAGAGUGUCACACUCGUUUGUACCCUGUGUUACAAUAGUUCUCACCCACUAUGAUAAGGUAUCUCAUCUAGCAGAAGGGCUACAGUUGAUUGCUGCCACUGUACAAAAACUCAGAGAAGACUUCUGUUCAUAUGCUGAAAUUUACCCUACUGUUUUUGCGGUAGACUCAAGAUCACAUGUUUCAGUUAGUAAGCUCACCCAUCACCUGCGGAAUACAACAAAGACAAUUCUCCAGCAAGUUCCUCAAGUUUAUGAAGUAUGCAAUGAUUUGGUUAAGUAUUUGCAUAAUUGGAGAUUGAAGAAUAAUAAAGCAGUGCUCAGAUGGUCUGAGUUCUGCGAGAUAUGUCAGCUCAGCAUUCCAGUGCUAAGGUUGAGAUCUAGGCAUGAUAAUGCAGAGAAAUUAGACACAAGAAGACGUGCUGUUGCAAAGUCACUGCAUAAUUUGGGUGAAAUAAUAUUUUUUGAAGAGCUUGGAGUGCUGAUAAUGAACUGCGAAUGGUUCCAUCAAGAUAUACUCAGCCAACUAGGUGCAUUGAAAUCCAUCAAGACAGAAAAUAGCGGUUUUGUUCGCAAACAAGACCUGGAGAAGAUUCUGCAAGAGAAGCUGUGUAACCAAAUUCAAAGAUCAAACUGGAGAGCUGGUUCAUCCUUGCAAUCCAGUGAUAUCAUUAAUAUGUUAUUGAAACUUGAAUUAUGCUAUGAACAAGACCCUGGGAACCCAAACACAUUACUUUUAGUACCAGCUAUGCUUGAGGAAAGCAAAGAAGGGACUCAACGUUGGCAGUUAACCAUGCCAGAGUGCAGAUAUGCUGGAAGGCAUAUGGAAUGUGAAGAUACACACAUGUUUCUGACAGACGACUUCUUUCCAAGGCUACAGGUCCAUCUGCACAAUAAAAUCACGUGCCUGGGAAAUCAACAAGGAGCAGUCUACAACUUGGAGAAAAACCUUAUUUAUACGGUGAUCAAUGGUGUCCAUGUAAGGGUUGAGCUGGGAAUGAAGUUGGGCUCAUCCAUUGAUGUACUUGCAUGCUCCACUAGAAAUGUUACUGACAUGGUGAGGCUUCUGCACAAGUUAGUAAUCCCAACGAUACUAAAUCUGUCUCCCAGUAUGACAUUCAAGGAAAGCAUUAUCAGACCCAGCUGUGUGAAAUAUAUCAUACCACAAAGGUUUCGGGCAACUCAGCUGUUACCUGUGAAAAGAAUUAAGCAAAUUCUGCUGUCAUUGCCAGCGGAAAGCAUGUAUGAUUAUCAGCAUACCUGGAGUGCAAUUGAAAGCAAUAAGAGGGUCAUCUUAAUAUCAGGAUUGGAUCAUGCUAGAGAUCUUCUAUCAGACGAUGACUUCCAUGAAGUUUUGCAUCGUAGGUACUAUGAUCUACAGCAUCUUGCAACCGAACUUGCAGUGAGCCCAGAUAGUCUGCAGCAAUCUGAAACUAUCCCUGAAUCCGAUGCAGUAGAUCCCUCCAUAUUAGGCAUCGCCAAAGGUGUUGAGAUGGUUCUCCAAAGACUGAAGAGAAUAGAACAAGGAAUUCAAGACUUGAAGGAGGAAAUUGCAAGGUUGAGGUACUACGAGUAUCACCUUGUGACUGAGCUCCACAGGAAAAUGGACUAUGCGAUUAACUACAGUAUUCAGUUGGAGGAAAGAAAGGUGCCCCAGCUGUUCUAUCUUGUAAGCCUGGACAACCGCUCCAAGAAGCUUGUCACAAGGAUACUUCCUGGCAUGCGAUCCCUACGGGUGCACAUGUGUUGCGAGUUCAGACAAGAGAUGCAUGUGUUGGAGGAUCAAGUUGGGUGCGAUCUGAUCCAAGUCGAUAAUCAGGCAGUGCAAUCCUUGCUGCCUUACAUGAGCACGUUCAUGAAACUGUUGACUUUUGCUCUGAAGAUCGGGGCACAUUUCAUCGUCGGGAUGGGGGAGAUGAUACCUGACCUGAGCAGACAGGUGGUGCACUUGCUAGAUUCUUCAGUCAUGUAUGGUGCAACUACAUCAACCUUGUCAUUGGGGGCUUUAGGUGCAGCAGCAAUGUAUGGAAAAGCGAGGAGUAACAGCAACCAGAGUGGUGCAAAUGGCAUGGGGGAGGAUAUGAAAACGGCCAGACAGUGGCUUGUGGAUUUCUUGAAAGGGCAGGGGAUUUUGACAGGGAUGGACAUAGCACAGAGAUUUGGUCUGUGGAGGAUUAGGUACAGAGAUGACGGCCACAUUGCAUGGAUCUGCAGGAAGCACAUCGUUGCGAGAGCAGACGAGAUCUUUGAACUACCACUUUGAACCAUCCAGGUUGCAGUUGGUUUCAUGGCCACAAGGUGCCUAUCUGAUGUCCCUGUGCUUCUGUACUGAUGGUGACAACUGACGAGUGUGCAAUUUUAAUGGAUGAUGCCAUGCUGAUUACCAAGAUCUCAUGGUACCCGUCAUAUGCUCUGCUCCAGUUUCUAUCACUCUGCCUCUGUCAACGGUCUGCUUUCUCUUUGCCUCAUUUUUGUGAUUCUUCACGCUGUUAUUUUCUAACUGUAUAUUACUGCCUGUUCCAUUGCUGAUUUGAACUGUUCAUUUAUAUCUUUCUUCAAUAAUGGAGUAACACAGUUACAUAAUAUUCAAUGGAGUAAUACUGCAAACUCGGAUACUCCUACUACUUACUGCUCUAUCUCUGAUAAUUAACUACUAGCAGAGGCUUUUUUAGAUAAACUACUGGCAGAAUUCUGUUUGAGCGUAUUCAGAUCGACAUGAUUUUUUGAACUA